CAGCUCAUGAAGCAUAUAUUCCCUUCCAACAAAACCCUUUUUUUAAUGAUAUAAAGAGAGAACCUCAACCAAACCAUACCCUUCCUUCUAUGGAUAUUCAAAGAGAAAAAGAACCAAUAAUUAUGCAAAAUUAUCAACACAUGAACUUGGUUUUGUCUACUGAUCCAAAGCCACGCUUGAAAUGGACUCCUGAACUUCAUCAAAGAUUUGUCGACGCAGUCGCUCAUCUCGGUGGAGCUCACAAGGCUACUCCUAAGAGCUUGAUGCGUGCCAUGGGUAUCACUGGCCUUACUCUCUAUCAUCUCAAGAGCCAUUUACAGAAAUACAGAUUGGGGAAGACCCAGAAGCCUGAAAAUCAUAGCAUGAACGAGAAUAUGAAGAGAUUACAUGAACAAAUCGAGGUACAAAGGCAUUUACAGCUGAGAAUCGAAGCUCAAGGGAAGUAUUUACAGAGAGUGCUGAGAAGAGCUCAAGAGAUGAUUGCAGGGUAUGGGUGUUGUUCUGAAGCGCUGGAGGAGGCGAAGGCGGAGCUGUCGGAAUUGGCGUCAAUGGUGAGCUAUGGGUAUCAAUCAGAUGAGGUGAGGGAGACGAGGAUGGGCUCCAUUGAUAGCUCUUUGACGUCCUUGGAGGAGGCCCCGACAGUGAAGACGAAGAAGAAGAAGAGGAAAGGAAACAGAGAUGAGGAAGAACAGAGCAGCUCUGUUUCUGAGGGAGAUUAUAAGAGAUUGAUCGAUUUGAAUGUGGAAUAUGUUUGAAUGAUUAUCAAAAUUUGGAAUUUGGUUGUAAAAUAUGUGUAAAUGGGUGGAAUUUUAACCCAAUGUUUAAAGUAUAUUUUAUGAAUACGAGAGAAAUUUUAAAAAUUUGUGUU